GCUGGGUAGUGGCUGCGGCAGGGGUGGGCGAGACUGAAUGACCGAACUCGAAUCCACCUUUCUCUUCAUGUCGACGUCCCUGGAAAUAGUCACACGGAUGCCAUGGUUACUUCUGCCACGAUCUUACAGGUGAACAAGGUGAUGUCCAUCUUGUUUUAUGUGAUAUUUCUCGCUUAUCUCCGUGGCAUCCAAGGCAACAACAUGGAUCAAAGGAGUUUGCCAGAAGACUCGCUCAAUUCCCUCAUCAUCAAGCUGAUCCAGGCAGACAUUUUGAAAAACAAGCUCUCCAAGCAGGUGGUGGAUGUUAAGGAAAAUUACCAGAGCACCCUGCCCAAAGCAGAAGCACCCAGAGAAGCAGAGCAGGGAGAGCCCACCAGGUCGGAAUUCCAGCCGAUGAUUGCAACAGACACAGAACUACUGCGGCAACAGAGACGCUACAAUUCGCCCCGGGUCCUGCUGAGUGACAGCACCCCUUUGGAGCCCCCUCCCUUAUAUCUAAUGGAGGAUUAUGUGGGCAACCCAGUGGUGGCCAAUAGAACAUCAUCACGGCGGAAACGCUAUGCAGAGCAUAAGAGUCACCGGGGUGAAUACUCAGUGUGUGACAGCGAGAGUCUGUGGGUGACCGACAAGUCCUCAGCCAUUGACAUUCGGGGACACCAGGUCACGGUGCUGGGGGAGAUCAAAACCGGCAACUCUCCUGUCAAACAAUACUUUUACGAAACGAGAUGUAAAGAAGCCAGGCCAGUCAAAAAUGGUUGCAGGGGAAUUGAUGACAAACACUGGAACUCUCAGUGCAAAACGUCCCAAACCUAUGUCCGAGCACUGACUUCAGAAAACAACAAACUCAUAGGCUGGCGCUGGAUACGAAUAGACACUUCCUGUGUGUGUGCCUUGUCGAGAAAAAUCGGAAGAACAUGAAUUGGCAUCUGUCCCCACAUAUAAAUUAUUACUUUAAAUUAUAUGAUAUGCAUGUAGCAUAUAAAUGUUUAUAUUGUUUUUAUAUAUUAUAAGUUGACCUUUAUUUAUUAAACUUCAGCAACCCUUACAGUAUAUAAGCUUUUUUCUCAAUAAAAUCCGUGUGCUUGCCCUCCCUCAGGCCUCUCCCAUCUGUUAACCUUGUUUUGUGAUUGGGCUCUCGGGACCCCUUCUGUAAAACCUGUGUACACCAGUAUUUUGCAUUCAGUAUUGUCAAGGCCAUGACUGUGGUUUUAGUAAACUUCUUAAAAUCGGA